AAUGAAUUGUAGUAUAUUCGCUCAACAACAGUUUGCAACAUCAAACAAUCUGGCUGGAGUUUUUUCAACUAGUCAGCAAAAUGAUAGCAACCCGCCAUUUGAAAAUAACACAAGACUUGACCAAAAUCAUCAAGAUAUGAUAAGCAUGCAAAAAUUAGUUACAAAAAUUGAGUAUAAAUUAGACAAUCUCAAUAAAAGGGUUGAUAAACUUUCAGAAUUGACUUUAUUUCAUGCGCCUUCUUGGGCUCACCAUGUCUCUGAACCACUGCUUGAUCAGAGUGAUAAUGAUUGGAGAUUACUUGCAGUAAAGCUACAAUACUCUGUUGAUGAAAUUCAAAAUUUUGCUUCAAAAGCAGAUCCAUGUCUUGUAAUGCUUAAUGAUUGGUUUGCUGAAAAGAAUUCAGAACAAGCAACAAAUAUUUUAUGCGAAAUUUUGAAAGACAUUAAACGAUUGGAUGCUGCUAAAGUAGUAAAAACAGCUAUUUCUUCUAUUAAUGGUGUUAAAACUAGUUGUGUUGAUGACAGAACAUAUGAAAAACCUGAAAUAUAUCUCAGUUAUCAAUGGAGUAAGCAAGCUGAAAUUAAAGAAUUAUAUAAAAAGUUGAAAGGAAUUGGAUACAAUUGUUGGUUGGAUAUCAUGGAAAUGGGUGGAGGUGAUUCAUUGUAUGAAAAAAUUGAUAGUGGAAUUAGAAGAUCAAAAGUGAUAUUGAAUUGUGUAACUAGAAAAUACGCUUUAAGUAAGAAUUGCAAAAGGGAAGUGUCCUUAUCAGAUUCUUUAGAGAGACCAAUAAUUCCCUUGUUAUUAGAAGAUAUGAAAUGGCCCCCAAAGGGUCCUUAA